CGUUAUUUUGGAGAAAACAAAAAAACGAGUAGAGGAAGUAAGAACCACAAAAACAUAAUCAUAUUAUUUCCCAGCAAAUCCAUGGCACUCUCCUUCACCCCAACUUCUGCAAAAUUCGCAGUGCUCCAAAUCUCCACAAAACGAAGCCAUCUAGUGGUGAUGAAAUGCGAAUUAAAUGAAAGAAAUUCAAGCGAGAAGAAACUAGAGAUAGGAUCUCCCAUAAUAGUGAUCGAGGCUCCAAAGCUGCUCAAAACUGCUGCUUCUGUGCCUUGUUUGCGCGCCAAUGCCGGUUUAGUCAACCCCGGUGACGUCGGAAGGAUUGUGUCGAGGAAGCCUAAGGAUGUUUGGGCAGUGCGGCUAAGUAUUGGUACUUAUCUCAUGGAUGCCAAAUAUUUCAAGCCUUUGGAACUUGAUGGUUGACAAAUGAUGCUUUCCAGUUAGUUAAUCAUUUAAUUAAGAUUGGUUUGUUUAAACUCCUUACUUGAAAUCAUAUGAGUAGCUCCUU